AUUGCGUUCAAUUCCAUUAUUGUGUUUAAUGUGUUAAUAACAUAAAUUUACUGAAAUCUUGAUUGUUUUUAAAAUGUACGAGAGUGGAGUCAAUUCUGAAGAACCUGUUAAUUAUAAUUUAUUAUUUUGUCACGCUUGCCUCAGCUCUAAUAGAACGUUAACUCCGGUUGGAGACUACAUCAAUAUUUAUCUCAAAAUUUGCGAUAAUUCACGAAUGAACUUGACUUCACAAGUAAAUGUCUGCUGGGAGUGCCUGGCGCUGCUCAGGAAGGUGCAGGCCUUCAGGAGGAAGGUUGAGAAUGCCCAGAAGAUUCUGGACUAUUGCGUCAGACAGCAAACUCCACUAGAAGACAAUCUCUCCAAUCUGACUCUCUCUAGCAUUGAGACAACCACAUUUGACUUCCCAGUCAUAGAUGAAGAGAAUGACUACGAAAACUAUCUGGAGAACAACAUUAAAACAACAGAAUACAGUGAUUUGGACAAAAGUUUGAGAACAGAAUUAUACACAGACAAGUCUGAUUUGAGGCAUGAGGACUCAUACAAUGAACUAAUGUUUAAAAUAGAGGAUGUGAGAGGGCAGUGUGACAUACUACAUGUGCCUAUGUUGGAUUUGUCAGCGAGUUCGGGCGAGGUAAAAGUUAAAAUAGAACACCUGGAUUCCCCGGAAGGCGAGGAAGAGAGGCAGCAUCGCCGGUGGCAACGCUCCGCCAUGCUGGUCUAUAAGAGGAUAUGCAGUCACCGCUACGCUCAGCACUUCCUGCGGCCCGUGACGGACGACCUGGCGCCGCUCUACAGCCGCAUCAUACGCCGGCCCACAGACCUCUCCACCAUCAGAAGGAGGAUCAAAGAUGGCGUCAUCAGGACGACGGCGGAGUUCACACGCGCGUUACUGCUGAUGUUUUCCAACGCGCUGAUGUACAAUAGCAGCCAUCACUUCAUCUAUCAAAUGACGCUGGAAUUUCGGGAAGAGACGCUCCGUGAGCUGUCACUACUGAUGUCAGCGGAGGAGGAGGCGGGUGCGGAGUGCCCGCUCGCGCGACUCCUGCGCCGCCCCGCGCCGCUCCCCCCACCCACCGCACCCCCGCCACGCCUCAAGCACGUGCACGCGCGGCGGAGAGCUUCCGUGCUAGACCCACCACAACACGAGCACAUCAAACCACCUGCGGCACCGCGUGCUCGCCGGGCCUCCGUAUACGAAGCACCGCCGGCUGCACCGCGCACCCGCCGGGCCUCCGUGUACGAACCAGCGGACCCCAAGCCCACGGAGCCCCGAAAACGAACCAAGUGGGACUGGCCCAGCAUAGAAGACGAAUAUCUAAUAGCCAAGAAAUACAAAAAUAGUGUUGCUGUGUUACUAUAG